CUGUCAUUCUGGCAAGCGGCAACGGCGGCAGUGCUGGUUGCCUCCUCCGCACGCGCAACGGCGCGACCGGCGACUCUCCUCGCCGCCGGUCACCGGUCGCCUGGCCCGCCUCUCGCGCCCCGCCAGCCACCGCAUCGGCGCAGAUCGACGGACGCCGAGACGCGCAGCCGCAGUCGCGCAGAGGCGCCGAGUGCCUGAGGGCUCAGCCAGCCGCCGACCGCCGCGGCCGCCUGGCCCCCCUGCCCGUCUCGUCUUCUCCAGUCUCCUCCAAUCCUUCGUGGCAGGUCUCCAAACUCCGGCUCCCCGCUGCGGCGCUCCACCUCCGACUCCGAUUGGCGAUUGGACAACACUGAAGGCAUGUCAACUAUUUCCGAUCAGAAGAAACGGACCUUAGAAGCCCUUCAACAACGUUAUGCUGCUGCAAAAGCUAAGAAACUGCAAGACAAGCCUAGGUGUCAGACAAGGAAUAAAGAUAGUGCGCCCAAGCCCAAUCUUGAUGCAUCAAGGAAAGGCAAAGCUCCAGAUUUCAUUCCAUCUCGAACUUCUGCUCCGUUUCCUUCAAAAAAAGGUCUAGCAAUCUCCAGUUCUUCUGCUUCCUCAGGUGGAGAAACCAAUCCUGUAUACUCUGAACUUUCAUUUGCUCCACAUGAUAAUUUGCUCCAAAGAAGCAUUUCGGAUUUGGACAGUAUGGAUGUUGUGCACAAUGUUGUUUAUGACAUAAUUCAGAAAGGUGGAGAUGCUGGAAAAAUUACCAAGGGAGCCAAAAAGUUAAAGCUGGAAAAAGGGAUUCUGCUGGAUAACUAUGUUCACAGGGGUCCUAGAUUAGUUGAUGCACAGGCAAAAUCUUUGUUAAUUCAUUCAAAGCGAUCAAAAAGGCACAUGUCACUUAAGCAACAUAAGAAAUGUGGGUCAUUUGAUUUACCUGAGACACUCCGCAAGUUUGACCUCUACAAGCCAAUGCAUGAGAUGUGGAAAGAGUAUAUCACAGAGCUUACCAAAAGCACACCGAAAAAGCAGUUAUCUGAAACCCUCCUCUCAGCAGAUCUUCAUGGGGCUCUUGUAAUAGUGGCAGAAUGCAAAUCAGCCUCUUCUUAUCAAGGCGUAUGCGGCAUCAUGAUUCGCGAUACUGCAGAGACUUUUGGAAUCAUAUCAGAUGACAAUCGCUUCCGAGUUGUGCCAAAAGCUGGGUCAGUUUUCAUCCUCCAAGCAGACUGUUGGAAGGUCACGCUGAUCGGUGACAAACUGUCACCCAGGGAGAAGCUGAAGGAGAACCAGCGUCAGCAGCGAGUGCAGGCACAGAUCAGAUAGAGUUUUUCAUCCUUUGUCUGUUGUAAUUUUGGUUGUUUUUUCUCCCCCAGAAACAUGUACAGGGUUUAGUUGUUUAGGUGUUGUUACUGAAGUUUAAUGGUAAUCUCCCUCUUCACACCUUAAGCAAGUAUCACUUGAAUACAA